GGUUCACUUGAGCUGCAUUAGUAAACUUGACACCAAAACAUUGAUAUAAUGAUGAUUGAAAUGUAUGGCAGAUUGUGGGACAUCGAGUGCGGGACGUGUUUGCGAGUAUUGGACGGACACGAAGAACUGGUCCGUUGUAUUCGAUUUGAUAACAAACGUAUAGUUAGCGGAGCUUAUGAUGGUAAAAUAAAAGUGUGGGAUUUGGCGGCAGCGUUGGACCCGCGCUCACCCAAUGGUACGCUGUGUUUGCGAACUCUUGUUGAACACACGGGUAGAGUAUUUCGGCUACAGUUCGAUGAGUUCCAAAUCGUGAGCUCUUCACACGACGACACUAUACUUAUAUGGGAUUUCCUGAGU